AUGCAGAGAGCCGGAGGCGGCGGCGCCCCCGGGAGCGGCGGCGGGGGCGGCGGCGGGGGCCCGGGCACUGCCUUCUCCAUCGACUCCCUGAUCGGGCCGCCGCCGCCGCGCUCCGGCCACUUGGUCUACACCGGCUACCCCAUGUUCAUGCCCUACCGGCCGCUGGUGCUGCCGCAGGCGCUGGCCCCCGCGCCGCUGUCCGCCGGCCUCCCGCCCCUCGCCCCGCUGGCCUCCUUUGCCGGCCGCCUCACCAACACCUUCUGCGCGGGGCUGGGGCAGGCCGUGCCCUCGAUGGUGGCGCUGACCACCGCGCUGCCCAGCUUCGCGGAGCCGCCCGACGCCUUCUACGGGCCCCCGGAGCUCGCCGCCGCCGCCGCCGCCGCCACUGCCGCCCGAAACAACCCCGAGCCGGGCGGCCGACGCCCAGAGGGCGGGCUGGAAGCCGACGAGCUGCUGCCGGCCCGGGAGAAAGUGGCAGAGCCCCCGCCGCCCCCGCCCGCGCACUUCCCAGAGACUUUCCCGAGUCUGCCCGCAGAGGGGAAGGUGUACAGCUCAGACGAGGCGGCAGCAGGAGACCCAGCGGGCAGCGAACAGGAGGAAGAGGGCUCGGGCGGUGACAGCGAGGACGACGGUUUCCUGGACAGUUCUGCAGGGGGCCCGGGGGCUCUCCUGGGACCUAAACCGAAGCUAAAGGGAAGCCUGGGGACUGGAACUGAGGAGGGGGCACCGGUGGCAGCAGGGGUCACAGCCCCUGGGGGGAAGAGCCGACGGCGCCGCACAGCGUUCACCAGCGAGCAGCUUUUGGAAUUGGAGAAGGAGUUUCACUGCAAGAAAUACCUGAGCUUGACGGAGCGUUCCCAGAUCGCCCACGCCCUCAAGCUCAGUGAGGUGCAGGUCAAGAUCUGGUUCCAGAACCGGCGGGCCAAGUGGAAGCGCAUCAAAGCCGGCAACGUGAGCAGCCGUUCUGGGGAGCCCGUGAGAAACCCCAAGAUUGUCGUGCCCAUACCCGUGCACGUCAACAGGUUCGCUGUGCGGAGCCAGCACCAACAAAUGGAGCAGGGGGCCCGGCCCUGAAGGGGCGCCAGGGACUUAGGAAGGCAACGGAUCUGUGCCUGAGCCCGCGUGAGACUGCGCUGGGGUUCUGUGGACCAGAGGGGCCAGCUGGCAGAUAACCUAGCCCUUGGAGUACUCCUCCAGGAACCCGAGAUGCGGGUACUUGGCCCUGAGCCUGCUCCAGACACCUUCAGGACUAGGGGCCGCAGGGUAAAGGGGCUCGGGUUCCAGUUGUGGAGGAGCUGUGAGGACUGAGGUGGACUCCUGGGGAGGGGAGGGUUAUGAUGCCUGGGGCCUGAAGGGUCUGUGGCUAAUGCCCUGGAGCAGCCGCUGCGGGGGGAGGAACCAGGACCAUACCUAGCCAAGCAGAUGGCAGCUCCUUAUUUAUUUUGUGUAAAGUUUGUAUAUAUGGAGCUAUCUGUCUCUGUCUGUCUGCACCCCUGAGAGAGACUGGGAAAGUUGUUUCCUUGGUCCUCAGCCAGAGUUCAUUCCAUCCUACUCCUUUGGGGCGGGCACCAUCUUGCCUCCUUUACAAAGAAAUGGAAUGGAACUGUCACUGGCCUCUGUAGAACUUCUUCAGCCCCCCAGCGCCCCCCAUGUGAACUACCUACCUCCAUCCUGUGCUACUCCACCCGGGACUGCUCACUGCCACACUGUGUGCUCCCAACACGCUGCUUCUCGUCCCUCUACCCGCUGAACAGGCGAGCUCCUUCAUUUUUGCUUUCUCCGCUUUGGAAGAGUUAGCAGGCUUCAGGGUAGAGAUUCACUCCCUUUUGUGUUAUGAAGGGCGGUGGAGCAUUUGAUCCUAGGUUUAGCUGGGUGUGUCCAGGCUGUCUAACUAGGUAGAGGUCCUGUCAGUGACUGGGGUGGGUGUGGGGGGCUCACUCAUGUCACCUGUGAGCUCAUUAAUAAAUUUUCUAUGCAGAAGACACAGCAGCUUAGUCUAUCUCUGCCACCCUUUGAUAUUCCAGACGCAAGGGCCUCGGGGAAAGACCCGUUUCCAGUUUUCUGGUUUUAACCGUAUUAACUGCGGUCUCUCCUCCCCCAUUGCACCAUUUUUGAAGCUUGGGGGAUAGCACAAGCUCCUCUGUUACCACACAAGAUCGGCUGAGGGAGGCCACUGCAAGGCGGAUGGGACAGAAAUGAAUCUGCGAUGGUUUUACAAGAGUGUGUACUGUGGGGAGGCUACAGAAAUCACAGGUAGGAACUGGCAUUCUGUUCUGUGAGCAAACUAAGGAACCGCACUAGCGGACAGAGUGAACACGGAGCAGGGCUCUACAGAGACGUUGGGUAGAGGGGGUUAGUAGAGAAACCAGUUGAAGUUGGCAUCCUGGUAACUGGGCUUCCUGAGAAGAAACAUGACCUGUAUUGAUUGGGGAGAGGAGCUAGACACAGAACAGAACCAUCAAGAAGAAAAACAGGUAGGCUACGAAUGUGGCAAGGAAACAGGAAACUAGGGUCAGGGAGGGAAGAGGAGUACAGCUCAGUGAAAUACCGGGCCUGUUCCUCUCCCUCCUCAGCAGGUUUCUGGCCAUUCCCGAUUCCUGGAAUGGCAGAUUUGUCAACGUCUCCUUCGCUCUAACACUGUUGAACACACCUCUUCCCAGGAGACUCAGACCACCUUUCCUUGGCGGUUCACUUCUCCCAGCUAGUUUUGGCAGCCAGACGGUAGGCAGCCAGGAGCUGGGACUGGCCAUUAACGGCACCACAGUCCUGCAGCUGGGGCAGCACUGGUCCAGAGCGCGUCUUCUCCGGUUUGUGGCUGCACUUCGGGAGGGCUUGGGAAUUAGACUGAAAAUGUGUAGUCCCAUUCUCAGCCUGGUCUGGAUCAAAGCUAAGUUUACUCUGAGACCGUUAGACUCAGGCCACACAGGGCAGCUACUUACAGGGUGAGAUUCUUUUUAGGAGAUAAGCCAGGCAGAGGUGGAAGAUCACAGGAGCUACUGUCCCUUUGGCGAGGCUGCAGCAGAGAGGCUUUGUGGCUCCGUGACCCGGUGGUGGAGGGUGAGUGAGCACCACCAGGGCAGGAAGGCUGGCGAGAACCAGCCCAAAUCAAGGCCUGAUCCACCAUGUUUUCUGGCACUCCCCAUGAAGCCUCCUGAACGGCCCCAAGCUGUAUCUAGCCUUCCCAACCAGCUGAUCUUCCUUAGGGACUCUGGGGUGAUUACUGCUAGUGUCCUGACCCUAAGAACCCACGGCCCUGUGUCUGUUCCGCCCUAAUCUAUAUGUAAGGUCUUAUCAGCCUUGCAAAAGGGGCUCUGGACCAAGCAAAUAAACUCUGGUUUCCUCUCUGAAUAGUGUUACUCGGUUAUUUCCCUACAUGUAGGCAGGUGCCCAUGCACGGAGCACCAGCCCACCACACCUAACGUGUACUCGAGGUGUUUGAGAAAACACGGGCCGCCAGCAACGUGGCUCCGGGAGUGAGGUAGCAACAGACUCCUGAGAGAGCAGGACCCGAAUGUAGUAAUGUCUCAUCCUCUAAGAGCCAGCAGAGAGAGUGGUUCCCCCCAGGUCUUCUUUCUAGAGUACCCAAGGGAUACGGUGAGAAGGAAAGCAGGGGCUCUGGAUUCUGCCCCUCUAGCUUGGCUUGGCAACAUGUCGGUGGCAGUUAAGGUGGCGGUUCUGGUGUCAGUGACCUACCUCCUCCCUUUUCCUCACAAGCAGAGCCUGGGCACGAGUCCCUCUCCCCUGUCACACAGCUGUCCUGAGAGAAGUGCUGCCACUCAUCCCGUGGCCUCCUUGAAGUUCUUCUCCCAUUUAUUGACUCCGGCGUCUCUGUGCAUCUGGCUGUGGGGCGGGUCCCCAGACUCGGAGGAAGGGGGACAACGCUCGUGCCCUUGCUAGUCAGCACAGGGUGGGGCAUGAGGUUACCAGGGACAACGUUGGUGACAACGAAGAGACUAGCUGGAAUCUUCCUGCAGGUGGGGACUGAGUGGGGACGGCGGCACCAGGAGGGAGCCGAGAGCUCU